AUCGGAGAGACGUUUGACAGAAAGGCUAUUCAGGCGGUUUUGUCUGAGUGGUUCAAGACCAUGGAAUCGCUUCCAGGUGGUAUUCGCAUGGCGGUGGAGAUGGGCAUCGUGUCCUCUCUCGCUCUCGUGCGUUUCAUGAGCGUCAACGUGCGCCCGAGCGUGGUGCGCGCCGUCUCGCGCGGAACGCCGCAAGCGUUUUCCCGCGCCUUUGUCGGUCGCCUCAUGGCUGAUCCCGCGUUCUUGUACAAACUCGCGUUCGAGCAAGUGGUGACGAUCGGUGCGGCGACGAUGUACGAAGUCGCCCAUCGUGGCGAGCGUUUGAAGUCGGAGUGGGACCUCGCGCUGAGCAACAUCAUGCAGUUGUCCCUCGCGAACGCCUUGACGGUUUGGUGCUGCACGCCGGUGCGAUCCUUCGGGUCGUCCGCGACGAACGGUUUCCAAAAGUUCAUGGCGACCAUGCCGAACAACGCGUUCGACCGUGCUGGUCCUUUGCGCCAGUACACCAACGCGACUCGUGGGUUGAGCGUCGUCACCAAAGCCGCGGAAUUAUCCGCCGUGGGCGUGUUGACGGGCGGGGCGUUCUCCGCCAUCAACACUGGGUUGUUGGCCUUGCACAAGAACAAGAAGGGCGAGCAAUGGGAACCGGCGAUUCCGGUCCCGGAUCUCAAGACUUCGGCUCUCGGCAUGGGCGCCUUCCUCGGCAUCUCGUGCAACUUGAGAUACCAGCUCCUCGGCGGCGCCGAUCGGUGGAUGACGGAGCACCUCACGUCGUUGGCGUCCUCCGUGUCCGCCACCGCGUUAGGCCGCGUCAUCAACAACCAGCUGGGUGAGCCCACGCGAUUGUUCGCGUUGGGUCUU